UCGCAAGCUGCGAAAUUUUAGAUGGAAAAUUCUCAUCACUGGAGUCCUUUCGUGAUAUGAAAAGAUAUUUGCGGUUGAAAUUCUGUCUUAAACAGGACAAAAAUUCCUGGCAUCCCUGAUGUUCAAAAACGACAAAAAUUUAGUCGCAGAGGAAAGAAAAGAAAGGACAAAACUUAUUUAAUCCGAAGUAAAAUAGCGAAAAAAAAAAGUUCGACGAGCGGAAGUCUUAUUUUUUCGCCUCUGUGACUCUCGGUGACUGUGCUAGAAAAGCAGUAGCUCGUGGCUUACGAGACGGGUUGAACUCAAAUCGUAGAUUCCUUCAGUGAACAAAAGGCAAAACAACAAUGGCUCGUUCGAUUAGUCCUGGAGGCUAUUCCAAUUACGAAGACGAUUCCCUGUUCCAAAAUGCAGCAUAUACACAUGACAUCAAUGAGCAGAUGCGAGUCCCGAAACGUAUUCGUGCUACGGGCGACUAUUUCGAUGACAAUGAGCUGCUUUCUAACGGAAACGGAGCGAUCAAUUCCUGGAACUAUCACGACAAGAUCGAGAUGAAUGUUCCGGAUCGUAUUGUGGUUCUCGGCCAGGAUCAGCAUUUGGUUCUUACAUCAGGCACAAAAUCGGCUCCCCGUGAGAUAAUGCUGGAGAACUCGAUCCUUCCGAAAGAUCCGGGCUUCGUGCGCGUUUCGACGCCGCCGCGUGUCAUUUCGCUGGCAGAGCACCAUUUCCCGUCGGCUUCGGAUGAACCGGAGGAACGCGAAGCGAUCGAUGAGUACGAAGCACGUUCGUUGGAUUCGGCCGAGGAUAUGAACAACAGCACCGGUGCUGGCGGUGCCGCUGGCACCAGGCAACGCAUGUCUCGGGCCGACGGCCGAAUGGUGGUCAGUGGAGCAGGGAAUUCACAGAAGAGGGCCGCCUUUUCGAAACACAAUGCCGAGCUAGUCGUUAGCAGGAGCUUUCGCGACGAAACGCCCACCUUUGGUGGAAGCGUAGAAAAUCUAACUCCUCCGGAGGAGAUGACCCAUCUUCGUCGACAGGUAGCGAAGAUGAAUAGACGAUUGCUGGCAAUCGAGUUGGAUAAUAUGCAACGCCAGCAGCGGGAAAAGAUCAUCUACUGCGUCGGUUUGGCUUAUUUGUUGCUAAAAACAUUUAUGUGGCUUAGUCGGAAAUAAGCGACGCUCGAAUUUACGCAAAUCUUAACGAUAGAUUGCAAUAAGUAGAAGUUACUGCAAUUCAGAAAGUCAACCAAACACACACAGACAGUACACAGUGCAACUCAUGCUAGCGGAUUUCUAUCGUGAAGCACCACGGGAACCAAAUUGGCUCCAAUUUGAGGAUAGUUUUCAAUUGUUUCUUUGCUUUACUUUUUUAUGAUUGAAAUUACUUCUAGGUUUUAUAGCCUUUCUUGUGUUUUAACUUUCCUUAUUUUUGAAGUAAUUUAGUAUUGUAUCCUUGUAACUGUAGUCAGAAACAGUAUCUAAAACCACAAGUUAAUUUUCACAACAUACAACUUUGUAUUAUUGGUUUACUAGAUUUGCCCCUUAGACUGAAGCCUAUUCAAGUGAAGAGUAAAAUAUGAUAUAAAUUAUACUAACCGAUUAUUAGUCCUCUUGAGAAUGUAUUUUGAAAUUGAACAGAAAGCGACUAAAUUCCCGCCAUGUUUAAAGUAUGUAAUAAAAAAAAUCAAAGAAUACAGUUUAUCCAUUACAUUCAUAAUGUUAAUUACCUAUUAAUAUUUUUUAUUGACAAAGAAAUAAUGUAGGACUGCAAAUAAUUCUGCUGC